CUUCUGCUGCCAAAGAUGAGGCUGAUAGCUACAUGAGAUUGUUUUUAGUCUGGGAACUGUACGUACAGCUUUUUUUGAAAAGUUGUAGAGACGAGAGGAGUGAAUUGUCACACACUUGUCCUGUAGGUGCUGCGAUGGACCUGGUUCUCAGCGUGGCCGAUUACUACGUCUUUACCCCGUAUGUGUAUCCAGCCACAUGGCCCGAGGACAACAUUGUCCGACAAACUGUUAGUCUGUUGAUUGUCACGAACCUGGGUGCUUAUAUCCUCUACUUCUUCUGUGCUACCCUUAGCUACUAUUUUAUCUAUGAUCAUUCCUUAAUGAAACAUCCACAGUUUUUAAAGAAUCAAGUCUCUCGAGAGAUCACGUACACUGUCAAGGCUUUGCCGUGGAUUAGUAUCCCCACUGUUUCAUUGUUCUUGUUGGAGCUGAGGGGUUACAGCAAACUCUACGAUGACAUAGGAGACUUUCCAUAUGGUUGGAUCCAUCUUGCCGUUAGCGUGAUGUCCUUCCUCUUUUUCACGGACAUGCUGAUCUACUGGAUCCACAGGGGCCUGCACCAUAGACUGGCCUACAAGCGCAUACAUAAACCUCAUCAUAUGUGGAAGAUCCCCACUCCAUUUGCAAGCCAUGCUUUUCACCCUGUGGACGGCUUCCUUCAGAGUCUGCCUUACCAUAUAUACCCCUUUGUCUUCCCACUACACAAGGUGGUAUACUUAGGGUUGUAUGUACUGGUUAAUGUCUGGACAAUUUCCAUCCAUGACGGUGAUUUCCGUGUUCCCCACAUCCUAAGGCCGUUUAUCAACGGGUCAGCUCACCACACAGACCACCACAUAUUCUUUGACUAUAACUAUGGACAGUAUUUCACACUGUGGGAUAGAAUUGGAGGCUCUUUUAAACAUCCUUCCUCCUUUGAAGGGAAAGGACCACAUAGUUAUGUAAGGAGCAUGGCAGAAGAAGAAGCCAACAGCUUUGCAGAAAAUGGCUAUAAAAGCAAAAAAGUAUGCAAUGGAGAGUUUACAAAGAAUAAGUAGACUAUUUCCCAAUUAUUAACUAUUUUACAUAAAAAAAUAAUCUACACACAGUCAAGAUACAUAGCAAAUUAAGUGGUGUCAUUUGAAUGUCAGCAUUGCGUGUCUUGCUGAGGAAUGGUCCUGGUGGUAAACUGAGGGAAGAUGCUGGGAGCACCAAGAUUGUAAUUUCAUGGUUAAUAUGUCAGAAACUGGUCCAGGGACAAUGUGUGUCUUUCCAGCCAGCAGCUCUGCAGCCUGUACAGCCCAACAACAACUUUAAAUAAGAUAGAAAAUAAGCUACUGAAGAAGCUCUUCUGUGUCCUUUUGCCUUAAUCCACUCAUACUCGUUAAGGAAAAAGUAUCCAUUGUGCUUAACCAUACUGAGUCUAGCCAGGAAAUACUAAUGUGAAGAUGGCUCCCAUUCCUGGAGUGGCUGGCUCUGCAGUAAGUGUAGAGAAUUUGUAGGGCUUUAAUUAAA